UCGUGUAAGGAAAGUAGUCUUCUGCGGAUACAGUGUUCAUACAGGACUCCUAUUUUUUGCUUUCGUGCUUCGGACAAAGAGCAUUUACUCAGUGCUCAUAGAUUCCUCACAGGUUUAUAAAGCGCUCUUCAUGUUUUUUUCUCGGGUCACUCCUUUAGGAGUGUGCCGUCCACCUGCGAGCUGCGAACGCAAAUGGAUUACAGUUACCUGAUGGCGCCCCCGGUCCCCCCGCACACACCCAGAUCUCCCAGCCUAGCGCAGGGUCAGGGCCGGCUGUUAAAAUGCGUGUUUCUCGGAGACGGGGCUGUCGGGAAAACCAGUCUGAUUGUCAGCUAUACGACGAACGGAUAUCCAACGAAAUACGUGCCGACAGCGUUUGAUGAUUUCUCAGCCGUGGUGCAGGUGGAUGGUCAACCAGUCCGACUGCAGCUUUGUGACACUGCCGGACAGGAUGAAUUUGACAAGUUGCGUCACUUCUGCUACACACGAACCGAUGUCCUCCUUCUAUGCUUCAGUGUGGUCAGCCCCGCCUCCUUCCAAAACGUCACCGAAAAAUGGGUUCCGGAGAUUCGCCGGCGAUGUCCGCUCACACCCGUGCUCCUGGUGGGCACUCAGUGCGACCUGCGCCAGGACGUCAAGGUCCUCAUCGAACUGGCACGCCGCCACGAGCAUCCCGUCCCGGAAGAGGACGCCCGCGCACUCGCGGAUAAAAUCGGCGCCGUAGCGUACGUGGAGUGCUCGUCCCUCACUCAAAAAAACCUGAAGGAGGUGUUCGACGCAGCCAUCUCCGUAGGACUCCGACAUUCGGACAGGAGAGCCAGGAGGGAACGUAAGGUUCACAGUACUGCUGAUAAAAUGAAAAUGCUUUCAAAGUCCUGGUGGAAAAAGUACAUCUGCAUACAGUAGCGACAAAGAAAUGAAGAAGCUGAUGGACUCUGGUUUGGCACACUUCACAGUACUCGCGUUCCUGCUGAACGGACGAGACUUAGCGUGAUGAGAACGCAUCUAUAAUGAUACACGGCAACGGGAGAUACAAUAACCAGCUACAAACACUUUUUCUAGGUUGAACACUGAAACAUUUCCUGAGCUCUACUGGAAAUUAAAGAACACUGCUGGUUUAUUCCCAGUCCUUUGUGGGCUGACAAAAGACGCUUUAUUAUGUUUUUAAAUCAUCUGCUUUUUUAACCAAAUGCAUAUAUAUUCUAUUUAUUUACCCAUGCCUUCAACCCGACAAAUGCUUGCAUGAAUAUCCAGGUCGCAUGUUAUUGAUACCAGCAUGCCAUGUUAAAAAUAGUUCUUCAAAAAAUAAAAAUGCUUCGGUGUACGGUUUUCAGUCCAGAAAUAUCAUCACCACCACGGUUCUCAUGUGCAAAGGUUUGUGAUGAGAUUGAGUUAAAUUGCAUAACGUCAUUUUGAUUCAACGAUUGCUGAGAUCAUCCCUUCUGUCUUUGCAAUGUGAAACAAAUGGUGUUUGAUGAUUUUUGGUUUCAGAAAUGGAUCGCAUAAAGGUAAUAGGGUGAGCAAGUCUUUUUUUGUCAUACAAUUAUUCUGCAUUUGUUCAUGCAUAGUCUUUGGUUUAUGUGAUUUUUGUAGUUCAGUCUUCAACGUGACUUGAUCUAUUCUAACGUGCCAUGUUUUUCAGAAAACUAAUACAAAGUGCUUGGCUGCUUUAUGCUGUUUAACCAGCAGCCAAUGGGAUUUGUUGUAUUUGCUUCUUAUUAUUCAGAAGCCCAAUCAGAUUCAGUCACAUCAGCCACAAACAACAAACCCAACAAGAGGGUUCCAUACGUACCGUACUGUCUAGAGAAAUAAAACGUUUUAAACACCUGCAGCUUUCAAAACAUUACCAUGUACUUUAAUGUUGCUUAAAAUGAGAAUUGGAAGCUUAUGAACUUCAUGAAACUGAAAUAUUGAUUUAAAGACAAUGGCAAAGUCAUAAUCUCUAUAUUAUUUCUAAUAACGUCAUGGCUCCGAAGUCAUUAGUAAUGUUUUGACAUGUCUAUGGAAAAAAUGGAUGUGAAAAAAAAUUCUGGAACCCAGACAGGCGUUCACUGUUGCGUCCUGCACAGCCACGUGUCAGGAUGUGGUUUCUGUUCUUUAUGUGCUUUAUUGUCACAGCGAUAACACUAUCAGGGUAAUCUACUGUAUAUUUGUACAAUUAUGAUUGCAUUUUUAUUUCUUCUCAUUCUGAAAACGCUCCUGUUUAUGGUUCGAAGUGUGUGAGUGUUUUGGUUGCUUGACUGCUAUCCGUGAUUUUCAUGGACAAAUAAAUGUGACUUUUAACUGAAA